UUAUCUGGCCUGUUCACUGUUCUGCAGUGUAAUGGUACUUGUAACCCCAAAGUGGCGGUGUUCCUAAGCAACCUGUAAAAUGAGGGCUUAACUGAGGAUUUAUAAACCCUCGAAUCACUGAGAUUUAUUUGGUAGGAGAAUGUUGAUCAUCCUUAAAACCAGCGAAGGGAGAACUGCAUCUCUUCAAACUGCACUCUAACUUGUCAGGAGUCGGAAAGAACAAGAGACAGAAGCUUUAAGAGCACUCAGACAGAGGACACAGUAAACGUGCUCAGGUGUGCGAGCCUGGCUGGUUUCAUGAGGAGGAUGCAGCUGCUGGAGACACUCAGCAUCGGACCUGUGGUGGUCGACACAGCGGCUGAAGCCACUGCCCUUCUGCUUUUACUGCUGCUGCUGCUGCUGCUUCUCGUUGCGUGGAGCCGAACAAACCGGUCACAGAUACCCGGUCCUUCCUUCUUAGCAGGACUCGGUCCUGUCCUCUCCUACAGCAGAUUCAUCUGGACUGGGAUAGGAACGGCGUGCAACUACUAUAACAACAAAUAUGGCAGCAUCGUGCGGGUCUGGAUUAAUGGCGAGGAGACACUAAUUAUAAGCAGGCAAGUCCUCUAAGAUAAAAACUCUUUACACUCACAGUUUAUCCCAUAAAUCUGUAGUAAGUCAAAGCCUUGAAACUCUUGCAGGACUUCAGCAGUUUAUCAUGUUUUGAAGAGCGCCAACUACACAGCCAGAUUUGGGAGCAAAAUAGGGCUGGCGUGUAUUGGGAUGGAAGGGAACGGUAUCAUUUUCAAUAGUGAUGUCGAGCUCUGGAAAAAACUGAGGACAUAUUUUUCCAAAGCUCUGACAGGCCCUAACCUCCAGAAUUCGGUGGGAAUCUGUGUGAGCUCAACAGCCGAACACUUGGACAGCCUGCAGGAGAUGACCGACCCCUCCAAGCAUGUGGAUGCUCUCUCUCUGCUGAGAGCCAUCGUGGUGGACGUCUCAAACAAGCUUUUCCUCAGGGUGCCGCUCAACGCAAAGGACUUGCUGCUUAAAAUCAACAACUACUUUGACACCUGGCAAACAGUUCUAAUAAUGCCUGAUAUAUUCUUCAAGAUUGGAUGGCUGUACAACAAGCACAAGAGAGCAGCCCAGGAACUGCAGGACACGAUGGAGGCCCUUCUGGAAUGUAAACGAAAGAUGAUAAAUCAAUGUGAGAAGGUGGACGAAGCUUUUGACUUUGCGACGGAGCUUAUCUUUGCUCAGAAUGUCGGAGAGCUUUCGGCAGAUAACGUCAGGCAGUGCGUGCUGGAGAUGGUGAUUGCUGGACCUGAUACUCUUUCCAUCAGCCUCUUCUUCAUGCUGAUGCUGCUGAAACAAAACCCAGAUGUGGAGCUGAGGAUAGUGGAGGAGAUGAACACUGUCUUGAGUGAUGACAGUGAAAACAUUGAUUAUCAAAGGUUGAAAGUGCUGGAGAGUUUCAUCAAUGAGUCUUUGAGGUUUCAUCCUGUGGUUGAUUUCACAAUGAGAAAAGCUCUGGAAGACGACACCAUCGAAGGCAUUAAAAUCACAAAAGGAACCAACAUCAUUCUCAACGUUGGUCUCAUGCACAAGACUGAAUUCUUCCCCAAACCCAAAGAGUUCAGCCUGAUGAACUUCGACAAAACGGUGCCCAAUCGUUUCUUCCAGCCCUUUGGCUGUGGGCCCCGCUCCUGCGUGGGCAAACACAUCGCCUUAGUGAUGAUGAAGGCCAUCCUGGUCACUGUGUUGUCGCGUUACACCGUGUGUCCUCGCCAGGGCUGCACCCUCGACAGCAUCAGGCAGACUAACAACCUGUCGCAGCAGCCUGUGGAGGAUGAGCACAGCCUGGCCAUGCGCUUCAUCCCUCGGACAACACAACCUCAACACAAUCAGCAGAAUCACCACUGAGACACAGGGGGUUACAUCUGGGUGGAAACUACUUUUGCAACUGAUACAAAAAUAUUCUCCGGUCAAGUCUGUACAAAUCAGGGCUGCACGAUA